UUCAGCAUGUCUGGAUUUGCUCACUGGAAAGAUUAGAUAAAGGUUAGAACAAGGCAUAAAAUGUCCAGUAUGUAGAAGAAGUCUCACUUUUUGCAAUGUAUGUUACUACUGUUGUUUGCCUAUAAUCAGAUAACUUUGUGGAGUAUUCAGGCUUUUAAGUUCCUAUUUUGCUGCCUUAAGAUAUAACUCUUAACAUAAUUUUUCAUUGACCCUGUUUAUUUCCAAUAUACCUGUUAACUUACUAAAAUACAUCAAAGUAACCCACUUUAUUUGCCUUACCUGUAAAAUAUUGGUAUGAAAAGCCAAAAUUAAUAAUUUCUAAAAUUAAUUAAGAUAUAUCUCCAUGAGUUGAAGAUCAACAUGCAAGCAUAAACAGUUUUUGCUAUUAAUAUUUAACAUGAGGCUUGUCUUGUUUUUUUUCAGGGUACCAGUGACACAAGUGGUGCCCCCUACAACUAAGCCAGUGACAAGUUCAGUACCUUUGCCAACCAACUCCAGUGAUGUCACAGACCACACAGAAAUUGCAGCUGCUUCCACACCUAAAGAAAAGACAAACUAUUCAGUAGUCAUUGGUGUUCUUGUUGCAGUAGUAGGGGUAGUGGCUAUAAUAGCUGUGAUGAUAGUUAUAUGGAAAAGAUCAGGAAACACAUGCCAUGUCACAAUGUGUAAUUGUGUUAAAGGAAACAUUCAAAAUAGCCAUCAGUAUGAUCCUGUUAGUCGGUCCUCAUCCGGGAAUUACCAAAAUGGCCACACCAGUGGCUUGGAUAGGGAAAUGUCUUUAAUGGCUAACAGUGACCCAGAGAAUGAAAGCAGUCUUACUGUAGUGAACGAGAAUGGCCAAAAUGACCAUGUCAAUGGUUUGCCAAGGGAAGAGCAGUUACAGAAUGGUGCUGUGGAAAGAGAGGGUGGUCAAAUGCAAGGUAUUGAUUGAUCGGGCCAAUA